CUUGCACAAGUACUAGCUAGCUAGAGCUGGUUUCCUCGUACAUUCUUUGCAUUUGUUUCUAGUUAACUACCCUACAAUAAUGAAGCAACAAUCUUUCUUCUCAUUUUCACUUCUUGUUAUCUUCCUUCAUUGCACUAUAACGCUAGCUCAGUCUCCGGCUGCUGCACCGGCGCAGGGACCUGCGGCUGCAUCUCCUCCUCCUCCAGUCAUUGCACAGCCACCAGCUACAUCCCCUGCACAGCCAUCUUCAGUACCUGCACCUACCAAUGUAACUAAAAUCCUUGAAAAAGAUGGUCACUUCACAGUCUUCAUCCGCCUUCUAAAAUCAACCCAAGAAGAAAACCACUUGCUCACUGUCCUCAACAACUCAAACAAUGGCAUAACCAUCUUUGCACCAAGCGAUAGUGCGUUUUCAAGCCUCAAAUCAGGGACUCUCAACUCCCUAACCGACGAAGAGAAGUCUGAGUUAGUGAAGUUUCACGUAAUUCCAACGUUUCUAUCAACUUCCCAGUUCCAGACCGUGAGUAACCCAGUAGGAACAGAGGCUGGAAGCGGUGGCCGUGUAUCUCUCAACUUCACUACGUAUCCCAACUCAGUGAACAUCACUACAGGACUUACCAAUACAAGCAUUUCUGGCACGGUCUACACAGAUAACCAGCUAGCCAUUUACAGAGUCGACAAGGUUCUACUUCCGAUGGACAUUUUUACUCCUAAGCCUCCAGCUCCAGCACCAGGACCAGCACCCGAGAAAAAGCCCAAGAAGGCAACUCCUGUGGCUGAUACACCUGUGGUUUCUACUACUGUGAAUACAUCUGGUGCAGUAAGUUGUAUGCAUUAUCAUGUGGUGCUCCUUGGUGUUGGUCUAGUUGCUGCAAUAUUUUCUUUGUGAUCAUGCACAAAUGGGUUUUGAUGGGUUCUUUUUUCUGAAUUGGAUUGAAUGGUGGUGAUCAGCAUUUGGAGUGCUUUUUAAUAAUUGCCAUUUUUCCUUUCAGUCCUAUCUGUAUUCCUUUUCUCUUCCUUCCAAGUUUCAUUUGUAUGGGAAUCAGUAAUAAAAACUGAGUUUUGUAUUAA